AUGUAUAUUAGAGUCCAUUAUGUUUCUAAUAACAGCUCAGUAGAUGUUAUUUCUCAAGAAGGCGGAUUCGCGGCUAAUAUAAUGCAUGACAAUAAUGUCAGUACUUUUUUAUCAGAGCAAGGGAAUCCACUAGCAGAAAUUAGAACUUCCAAUGAUGUUACUUUGAUUUAUGACUUACUAGAUGCCAGAAAAGGAAGAUUUUGUAAAUCAGAACCUAACAGUAACUUGGUAUCAUCUAAAGUUAUAGUGCCUCAAUUAAAGGGAACAAUUGCUGCCAAGACAUCAGCGAAGUUCGCAUGUGCUGUGUAUGCUCAACCUAAUAGUACAUCUUUUAAUAGAGAUAAAUUUUUAGCUCCUAUAAGUGUUCCAGAUGAAAAGGAAUUAGAAAAUUUAAAGUCUCAAGCCGAAAUAGUUAAGUGUAAUAUUCCCGGUAAAGGCGAUGAUAUAAUGAUGCAACAAAUGAGUAAGAUGCUUAAAAUUUUCGGCGAUAACUGA